UGGCAAGACAUGUGCUAUGCUCUCCUGGAGGUGCUUCUCUCACAGUUGGGUCGACGCCCUCGAGCUUGGGUGAGAGAUUUGGGUCUUGAACGUUGUGGUUCUGGGGACGACGGCGAUGGGGAGGCGGCCGUGCUCGAGUUCUUCCCCUUGGCACCAUGUUCGUCAUUGUCCAUCCGUGCUCAGGGUGAGUUGUUCCACCUCGUACGGCGUUCUUCGAUCCGGGGCGAAAAAGCAGAGUGCUUUUUUCAGGGGUGGACGGAUGGCAUGGCAACUGGCUGGCUGGAGGGCGACGAUGGUGUGAGUUCCUAUGUGACAUGCUUCGUCGACAUUGCUUCUUCUGCAGUAGUGCAGCAGGGCAGGAUAAGAGCUUCAAGGAUCAAGAUGCUAAGCUGUUGCAGCAUUUGUAAACUAUUUGUAAAUUCGGUCGUAAAAGGCGGCUUGUUGAGCCUUAAUCUAAAAAACUGUUUUUUUCCUUUUAUCAAAUUGCUAAACUAUCGAUUGAGAUAG